AUUUAUUGUGGACACAUGGUAAACAUGCAAAUUAUAUUUGCUUUUCACCUUAAUCAAAAAUAUAUCUAUAUAUGUCUGUGCAGCAUACAUUAUUAUGGUUUUCUAUAUUAUGAUAAUAAAGUGUGAUUUUUUUCACACCUAUAAAGAAUGUGUCUUCUUUUUUUUUUCAUUUUUAAAAGCACACUUAGCAACAUGUUUCAGUUAAUUAAUGCAUUUCAUACUGUUUUAGAUAAAUAAAUUAAUCAUUACAGAGAGAAUAAAGGUUUUCUCAACCACCCUUGUGGUCCCAUGGGCUCACAAGUUCCUGGCAGCGCCAGAGUCGGCCCGUUUCUCAUUAUAGAUUAAGCAAGUUUGGACUCUUGUACUUUGUCAGAACGAACUUGGUAAGUUCGGCUCACGAGUGCAUACUCCAGAGAACAGGACUUUUAUUUUGUAAUUGGAACUGCUGUGAUCAGUAGAGUAGUAGGUGCAUCCUUAGAUGCAUUUCCACAAACAUACCCUACACCCGCCUCACAGGGCAGACAAACCGCCUUUGUUUGGUCCAUCGCUCACCAGCCUUGCUGUAGUUCACAGGGAACCCACAAUAUUCCCACACUUAAUCAGAGUUUCUGUAAUCAGGAUUAAAACUAGUUUUAUAUACUCUGUAACAGCAUGAGAAACACAAAAAAGUUGUUUGUAUGUGUAGUUAAAAGAAACUGUGACUUAUCUUCAUGGUGGAUGUUAUGUGUUUGGAUCUGCUGUCUGCAGGUGCAGCUUUAAUGCUGUAUUUUGUGUGUUUACUCUCUCUGAAGUUUGUCUCCAGAAGGUAGCUGACUUUGUACCUUCCUUUGCCCAUAGACACACACACAGACACAGACACAAGGAGGUGGAGCUGUGUUAAUUAGUGCUGACGCUUUUUAAAAAUAUGGCGAAAUGAAAAAAAAGCUUCUUCUGAUUUGUCACUGAAAAUGUUUGAUAAUUUCCUCUCCUCUUUCUAAUAAGGUCAUAGUGAGUGUGAUUGGCGGCUGUGGGGAAUCUCUCUCUCUCUCUCUCUCUCUCUCUGUCUCUCUGUCUCUCAGGUUCUUGAGUCUUAUCUGGCUGAGUAGAGGUAAAGCUUGUUCUGCUGCUGAGUUGAGCAUAUAUAUAUAUAAUAUAUACAGCAUAUUUAAACUAACUUUGUGGACUGUAUGUAUACUGGCCUCUUUUUCUGUUAGGAUGUUGUUGGAAAGGCAGUGAAUGGUAUAAAUUCCUUUAUCCUCGAAGAACUUAACUACUUUCUCCACAUCGGGCCGGGGAUUGUCAUGCACCGUGAGAAACCACGGACUCACUGCGCCAGCGUAGGGUCUUACAAUGGGUUCAAGGAUUUCAUCUCAAUACCUAAGAGCAGGCAGGACAGUGUGAGGUUGGUGGAUGGUGGGAGCCGCUGUGCUGGGAGAGUGGAAGUUCUUCAUAGAGGACAUUGGGGAACAGUUUGUGAUGAUUACUGGGAUAUGAGAGAUGCUGCAGUGGUGUGUAGAGAGCUGGGCUGUGGGGAAGCCAUAGAUGCACCACGGAGAGCUCGCUUUGGAUCAGGAUCAGGACCGAUCUGGGUGGAAUAUGCUAACUGUGCUGGAUCAGAGUCUUCACUGAAGAACUGUAGGUCGUAUGAUUGGGGUAGACAGAGAUGUAAUCAUGAUGAAGACGCUGGUGCUGUUUGUGCAGAAGUCAGACUGGUGGGCAGAUCUCACUGCUCUGGGAGAGUGGAGGUUCUUCAUGGAGAGAGCUGGGUCACAGUGUGUGAUGCUGACUUUGACCAGCAGGGUGCAGAGGUUGUGUGUCGAGAGCUGGGCUGUGGUUCUCCUGUGGAGGUUCUGGGAGCAGCUGCUUUUGGUAGAGGGGAGGGUCAGGUGUGUUUAGAGGAGCUUCAGUGUAGAGGCAGAGAAUCACAGAUUCACUUCUGUCCAAAAUCAUCUUCACUCAAACACAACUGCUCCCAUGAUAAUGAUGUGGGACUGGUGUGUGCUGACAGUGUGAGGUUGGUGGAUGGUGGCCAUCGCUGUGCUGGGAGAGUGGAGGUUUUUUAUAACAGAACAUGGAGAUCAGUGUGUGGUAAAAACUGGGAUAUAAGAGAUGCUGCAGUGGUGUGUAGAGAGCUGGGCUGUGGGGAGGCUGUAUUUAAAAAUGUUCAGUUUGGACCAAGAUCAGCCUGGAUGGAUGAUGUGAACUGUAGUGGAUCAGAGUCUUCAGUGAAGCACUGUAGAUCAGCUGGAUGGGUGGAACAAAUUUGUAAUCGACUUGCUGGAGUCAUCUGUUCAGGGGUCAGAUUGGUGGGCAGAUCUCGCUGCUCUGGGAGAGUGGAGGUUCUUCAUGGAGAGAGCUGGGUCACAGUGUGUGAUGCUGACUUUGACCAGCAGGAUGCAGAGGUUGUGUGUCGAGAGCUGGGCUGUGGUUCUCCUGUGGAGGUUCUGGGAGCAGCUGCUUUUGGUAGAGGGGAGGGUCAGGUGUGGUCAGAGAAGCUUCAGUGUAGAAGAACUGAAUCUCAGAUUCACUUCUGUCCAAAAUCAUCUUCACUCAAACACAACUGCUCCCAUGAUAAUGAUGUGGGACUGGUGUGUUCUGAAAGUGUGAGGUUGGUGGAUGGUUUGAGUCGCUGUGCUGGGAGAGUGGAGGUUCUUCAUAAAGGACAGUGGGGAACAGUGUGUGAUGGUAACUGGGAUAUGAUAGAUGCUGCAGUGGUGUGUAGAGAGCUGGGCUGUGGAGAGGCUACAGAUGCACUUAGUGGUGCUUACUUUGGAUCAGGAUCAGGACCAAUCUGGAUGGAUAAUGUGGAGUGUAGAGAAUCAGAAUCCAUACUAAAGAACUGUAAAUCAGCAGGAUGGGGUAAACAUAACUGUAAUCAUCCUAAAGAUGCUGGAGUCAUCUGUUCAAGAGUCAGGCUGGUUGGAGGUUCUCACUGCUCUGGGAGAGUGGAGGUUCUUCAUGGAGAGAGCUGGGUCACAGUGUGUGGUUCUGACUUUAACCAGCAGGGUGCAGAGGUUGUGUGUCGAGAGCUGGGCUGUGGUUCUCCUGUGGAGGUUCUGGGAGCAGCUGCUUUUGGUAGAGUGGAGGGUCCGGUGUGGUCAGAGGAGCUUCAGUGUAGAGGCAGCGAAUCACAGAUUCACUUCUGUCCAAAAUCAUCUUCACUCAAACACAACUGCUCCCAUGAUAAUGAUGUGGGACUGGUGUGUGCUGGUAGGUAUUUCACUUCCUUUUGUCAAUUUCACACAAAACACUGACAAAAACACACAUCCACCAAAUUCAGAUAACAGACAGGUGACGGAGACACAAAUCCACCAGUUUGAUUGAUUUCUGUAUUGCACAAUAUUAUGAAAAAAGAUAUUAAGACAUUAAAACAUUAAGAAACCUUUAAUUUGAUUUGUCAUUUAUGUCCUUGAG